UUAUGACAUUAGCUGAGGAUUUGCUGUGUUCUGCUACUCAAAACAGUCGCCUUUCAGCUCAGCGCACACAAGCUGGAUGGUUGUUGAUUGCUGCUCUCAUGACAUUAGGUUCAGCAGUUGUCAGUCAUCACCUUGCUCGCGUUCUGCUCUUGUGGAAGUGUGUCUUUCCAGUGACUCCUAAAGAUCUAGAAACAGAAAAGAGCCGAGGAGAUUCAUUUACGUGGCAGGUCACCCUAGAAGGACGAGCCGGUGCUCUCUGUGCGAUCAAGAGUUUUGUUUCCCACUGUGGUGAUCUCCUUACUGAGGAAGUAAUUCAGCGUCUUCUUCCACCACUUCCUUGUGCUGUGGAUUUGCUAACUCAGCUAGGAUCUUGAAAGAAAAACACAUAUUAAAAGGGAAGGAAAGUUACUUGGUGGAUAAUGUAUCUUCCAUACAGUCAGAUUUAACCAAGAAAUUAAAUA